GCCGAAUCGGUUCACUCGGUGCCAUGUGAUAGUCUUUCCUUGUGCGAUCGCCUUUGGGGGGGAGAAAGGUCACACUCUCCUCCUGACUCGACCUCUCAGCCAGUAUUAAGCAGGUACGAAAGCAUGAAUUAUAGACGAGAAACCAUCAGUUGAAUGCUCAACUGAAUUGCUAUAAUUCCAUCUCCAGCCAGGGCCGAAUUCAGAGUCCCUUGGAGUAUUUGAAAGUCCGGGGGUACGAGUUCUCAGUACCUGCACCUGCACCUACACCUGCAAAUCCAUUGUCGUCUUCGCCUCCCAAAACCCCGCGGCCCCUCGCAUCCAAACGUUGACCGCCGCUGGUCUCAAGUCAACCACAGCCUAACUUCCAGCUCUCUUGUACCCACCAAUGCCGUGCUAUUCGGCCACCAGAACUACACCAACACCAACCUCCAUCACCCUAUACCCAUACCCAUACCCAGACCCAUACCCAGACCCCAUUUAAUCUGCAGAGUUUUUUCUUCUUCGACUGACCUGCAAUCGGCGCAAUCUUGCAGCCAUUCCACUGCAAAAAUGGAACAAAAUCACAUGCUCGAAAAACCACCGUCUUACGCCCAAUCUCACGAUCCUCAAUCUCUCAAUCUCCCCUCCGUACCCGCAACAGAUCCACCACAACCACCUCCAACCAUUCAUCAUGAACGAACUCUUCCUCCUCUACCACCUGCGCCCUCGGAAUCGCGAUAUCGGUCCGAGGAACACUUCACAUGGCCUUCUUCGAAUCCUUUGACUGCAUACUACCAACCCGGUCCUUCUCAACUAUCGCCUAAGAGUAAUUCUAUCGCUGGUAAAGACUCACCUAUGCGAAUGGACUUGGAUAUGCAGGAGACUCGAGGGAGGAGGGGAGGGAGUGUGCUUUCAAUAGAUGACCCAGAUGUCCGACUCGCUGCGGAAGCGCUGGGGGAUUUACGUGCUGGUAUGUCGUUAUACUCCACCACGGUCCUGUUAACAUACGAACUCAUAUGCAACAGACUUCGUUCAAUCUCCUCCUCAUAAUACCAUGUCAUUACCCUCAAACUCACCAACGACAGCCCAAAGAACGAAUCAGCAGCCCGAACCGCUACUUUCGCUUCUCACGACAUCGCAUCCUUUUCUUGGUACAGCUAUUGGCGGUUCUUUGUCAGCAUACUCUGCCUCCAAAAAUUAUAGUCCAAGAUUCAAAUCAAGUGCCGAGUUCUUAGAAAACCGCUUUACGCCAGUCGUAAAUACAAUUACAUCCGUAAAUCGCAUGACGGGUGUGGAAGGAGGAGUACGAUGGUUUCUUGGCGGGCGUAGACCCAGUCAUCAUCCGCCAACCGAGAACUCAGGAGAAGGUUCAAAUAAACGUCGAAAAGUGGACACAGACGAUCAAGAUUCCGAUCGAAAUAUCUCGCGCGACCCAUACCCAGUCCACAGACAAGAACUUCAGCAUCGUCAAAGAGCACCAAGCCAUGCCUCCAAUGCAGAAAGUCUCCCAGCCUACGACGACUACCGGAGCCCCAGCUACGAAGAUGCUCAACAAGCUCUCGUUCCCACACAACCUCCGGGAGAAGUCGCAGAUUCCGGGAGUUCAUCAUGGCAUUCACGACUAGUACUCUCCACCAGUGGACUUAGCGUCGCUAUGAGCGAAGAAAGUCUACGCAGUCUCAAAUACUGCCUAGGGUGGCUUCGUUGGGCGAAUGAACACAUCGGAAAGGUCAUAUUGGCUUUAAAAGCAGUCUUGGAACAAUACGAACACCCACAAUCCAAUAACUCGGGUACCAUCACCAAUUCGGAGCAGAGUAGGAGACCAAAAGGUCAAAUGGUGGUCCGAAGCGAUGCUGAACGCAUAGCUCUCCACGCCAAGAUCGCGGAACUCAAAAAAGACGUCUUGAAAACCUUAAAGAGUGUUGUGGAUAUUGUAUCUAAAUACGCUGGUGGUGCAUUACCAGAUAAUGCAAAAAUUCUGGUGCGAAGACAUUUGACGUCGCUCCCGCAAAGGUUUAGAAUUGCGAAUGAGAGGAGUGAUACAAGUAAUGCACGUGGUCUGGAACAAGGCGAUGCGGAGGUUACGGAUGGGGCGAAUAGGGUGCUAGUGCUGGCAAAGGAGGGGUUGGAUAUGAUGGCGCAGGUCAGUGGCGUGCUGGACGGGACGAUUGUUAGUGCGGAGGAGUGGUGCGAGAGAUUGGGGAUGAAGAAGAGAGAGGAGGCUGAGGGUAGGGGUGGGAGUGUUGGGAGUGGUAGCGAGAAAUCUCCGAGUGUCAUGAGUCCUAUGGCUAUGGACGGAGAGCGGAAUGGGUACGGGUUCCAGGAUGGAGAUUCAAAGAUGGGCUGAAUUACGAAUCUGGGUGUGUCUCUUUGCUGGAAUUGUUUUAAAUUCUUUAAAGAUGUUGCGGGCGAGGGGUUAUGCGGAGGAAUCUUUCUUCAUCCGCAUGAAAGCGUUUGAUCAAAACGGGCUGAAACGUUUCCUGGCGUUAAUUUUCUUUUAUCUUUUGGCGGAAAGGAUAUGGACAUGGACAUGGAAAUGGGAUUAGGAUUCGGGGAAUCUGGGGACCAUGGCAAGAUUUUGAUAUUGCUCAGCUAAGCAAGUUGAUUGUUGGAUGGUCUUGGUUGUUCUUUUUAUAUAUACCAUAUACUUGCUUCUUUAUGUUUUCUUUUCUGUUUCUUCUUCUUUCUGGGGUUUAUUUGGGGAUUUUUCGGGUGAGAUGUUUAGCGACUCUAUCUUGUCUGCGGUAUGGAAAUUGGGAUUUGAAAA